GAUUUUUGGCAAGCGGGAUCUGCCCGUCCAUGUGGACACCCACAAUCUGCGGCCACCAAUCAAUUGCCGCGAUUAUACACGCACAUCGGUCGGUGGCAAAAUCGGCCACGGAUCGCUGCGUAUUUGGGGGCCUUAACUCUCGCCGAUAAUUAGGUAAAUGUUUUUUGCAGGACUAGAGACACUUGUAUAAGUGAAGGGAACAAACUUAAACUUUAAACCUGACUAUGGGAUUCAAACAUGAUUCAUGAUUUCCCUUGAAGUGUCCCUCCCCCCUGCCUCCUCCUUCAGCCUUCCACUGCCCUAUCUUCACAAGAUAAGAACACUAAGGAAAAAGCAGCAGCUUCUGCCUCUCUCUGCUAUAAGAGCUUAGAAGAACUUGGUGGAACAGCUUCUUGCAUUUGCAUUCAACUUGAAGGAGGCAUCCUAUUAAGAAUGGCAAAAAGACUGUCAACAACGACAAACACAACAAAGUCUGCUGUUUAUGAGCACUUUGUAUUAUUAAGUGAUGGGAAACAUUAUGUGUGCCAAUGUAUUCAAAAUGAUGGUGAUGGUGAAAAACAAUGUGAUGCAAAAAUUAGCAGUUUCAGUGGGCCUGAUAAAAAUGCACCUACAAGAGCAUCAAAUUUGAAAAGACACAGCGUUUUCAUCCCAAAGUAUUAGGAGCUGUGAAUGAGAAAGAUAGCAAUGAAAACAUUGCAUCUAGUUCUGUGCCAAAAAAUGUUCAGAAAUCUACUGGAACCCAAUCACAAAUAAGAAAAUUCUUCAUAUCUGACAAAGUUACCAUAACAAUGACACCAGAAAAAUUCAAAACCCACAUUAUUGAAAUGGUAGUAAAGAAAUGUCUACCUCUAUCCUUUUCUCAGCCAGCCUUUUUAGGCCUAAAUGAAGAAAUAGCUAAAAAACUUGGUGUUUCUCUGGAAAGAGAAAAUAUAAGGAAACCUGUAAGUGAGGAGGCCAAAUGUAAAAAGGAAGAACCACGGAAAGUUCUGAAAGGACGUUUUCUCUUCAUUAAAAUGGAUGCAUGCACAUGUCACAGGGUCAAUUAUUUUGGUAUUAAUGUGAGAUUUGUGGAUGAAAAUAACAAAACAAUAACACAGACCUUGGGAUUAAAGGACACCCAGGCACAUCACUCAAAUGACUAUCUUCAGAAGUUAGCGGAGGGUGUUCUAGAAGAUUUUGAAAUUAAAAAGUAACAGAUUCUUUGUAUUGUGACAGAUAAUGCUUCUAAUAUGUUGAGCACAAUUGAGAAGAUGAACAAAGAUGAAGAAAGUGGCAUAGAGUUAUUAGAGUUAGAGGAAGACUGCUCUGAAAGAAUUGGAAAAAAUGGAGAAUACUGACAUUGUGGAUAACAUUGUUAAAGAAGCAUUGAAGCUUGCUACUAUUCACCAUAUGAGAUGUGCUGUUCAUAUUCUGCAGCUUGCUAUAAGGGAUGGACUAAAAGAUCGCCAUGCAGCUACAUUGAUUGGGAAAUUAAGGCAAGUAGCUAUUUCAGCCAGGGCACCAAAAACGGAUGCAAUUUUGAAGAGACGUGCAGGAAAAGGAGCCAUUUUGGAUCAGACAACACUCUGGGGAAGCACUUAUUUGAUGGUGAAGCGUUUGCUUGAACUUGAAGACGUCCUAGAAGCAUUGGAUAAUGAGAAUGUUGCUUUAACUGAAAGCCAGUGGGCACAAAUAAAAGAGCUGGAAAACCUUCUUUCGCACCCCUUUACCGUCACCAAGAGGUUGCAAUGUGACUAUCUAACCCGCUGUAAAUUCUUCUUGGAAUGGAAGAGCCUGAUGUAUCGCCUGAACAAAAGUGGAGGGUUAAUAGCUGAUGGCAUUGCAUCUUCAAUGAUGAAAAGAGAGAGUCUUUUGCUGGACAAUGAAAUCUUGUUAGCAGCUAUUUAUGUCGACCCAAUGAGCCGAAUUUUGUUGAACAGUGACCAGACUGCUACAGUGAAAAAGGCACUCUACGAUUUAGCAGUUCGCAUGAGGGGAUUACUACCUGAAAUACCUCCACAGGAGGAAGUUCAAAGCACUAGUGGUAACUCAGGAUCAUCCUCUUCAAAUGAGAGUUAGACUUUGAUUCCUUCUUAGACAAAAUCGAAGGAAAAGGAAAGUGACGUCGCAUAAGCAAAAAAGAACCAGUCAAUGUCCAAAUAAAGAAAUUCCGGCAGGAGUUUUUUAAAGAACUAAAGUAAGUUGAAAAGUAUGAUCGCUCAUCAAAACUUCGUGUUGAAGAAGCCAUCCUUGUGUAUCCAGAGAUCAUUGGUGAUGUGGCUAGAAUUAUAACGGCAAUGCCACCCACCCAAGUCAGUGUUGAAAGAUUAUUUUCAGCUCUGAAAAUAAUCAAAUCAGAUUUAAGAGCCUCUAUGAAAGAGGAUCUGGCUGAAGCAAUUCUGUUUCUUAGAACUCUACACUGAUUUUAGAUUGCAUUUAAAGGGAACCCGAGGUCAGAGGAAUAUGGAGGCUGCCAUAUUUAUUUCCUUUCUUUUAACUAUAACUGUAUUCCAAGUUUAAUAUAGGUUUUCCAGAUAUUGCU